GAUGAUGGCAGUCGAGCGUUGACAGUGUACCUCUGCAGAGUUCUGUUUGCAUCUUGUCAUAACAGACAAGAAGAAGAUAAGGUACCGUACUGCCUGCAGUGAAACUGAAGAAGCUUGCGCAGCCUUCUAUGAAGCAAAACCGACAGGCUCCUGUGGUAUGAGCCGUUAUAACAUGGAUGCUUAUACAAUGUAUUGUUUGUUUGCAGAAGCUAAUAUGGCUCGCAGCCAAAGUUCAUAAAUGCGCAUUGAGUGAAGAUGUAACAUCUGUGACAGAGACCGCAAGCUAACAUAACAGUCGAGUAACUUCAAGCUAGCUCGCAAGCAAGGAAACCAAAGGCUUCAAGACUGAAGGUGUUGCGUGGAAAAAAUGUCUUCUAGUAGGCAGCAAGGGUCGGGUUUUCAUUGGUUAACAGUUACGCUGGCUGUACUUCUCCUUGAGGUUGCCACCUAUGCACACGCAAGUAAGAGUUUUGAAGAUAUCCGCUGCAAGUGCAUCUGCCCACCGUACAGAAAUAUCACAGGACACAUCUACAAUAGGAAUGUCUCCCAGAAAGACUGCAACUGCCUUCACGUCGUGGAGCCCAUGCCAGUGCCUGGCCAUGAUGUGGAGGCCUACUGCUUGCUGUGUGAGUGCAAGUAUGAGGAGCGUAGCAGCAACACCAUUAAGGUGACCAUCAUCAUCUACCUGUCAGUGGUGGGCUCCCUCCUGCUCUACAUGCUCUUCCUGCUGCUGGUGGAGCCGCUGAUCCGCAAACACGACUCCUACACCCAGCCCCUGCACAAUGAGGAGGACUCAGAGGACAUCCGCCCCCAGGCAGAGGGUGCCCAGGGCAGGGCCAACACUGUCCUGGAGAGGGUGGAGGGGGCCCAGCAGCGCUGGAAGAAGCAGGUUCAGGAGCAACGCAAGACUGUUUUCGACCGUCACAAGAUGCUCAGUUAGAAGGCUUCCUCAGCCAGAUAGUGGCCCUGACCUGCAGGUCAUCACCUCCAGACUCGGCCGUGUUUAACUGGCAUUUAUGUUGCUGUUUAUUCAGUUCUCCACAACCAUUUCAAAGCCCUACCUGCCUGGUCGUGAAUAGUCAUUGUAUUUGCUGUUGUACUUAGUGGCUCGUACAGGAUACGACAA